UGGAGGUGGCGACGGCGGCGGCGAUAGCGACGGCGGCGGUGGCACCACCGCCAACAUUACGAUCGUCCUGCUUGCUUUCGCUCUCAGCGUCGACGUUGCUGUUCCCCAGUACCGGUGCGCAGUCGGUGGUCGCGGUCGGUGUCAGAUGGUUAAAAGGAAACAGAUUCGAGAGCGGAGCGACACCCAUAAAGGAUAAACACGUUAGUUGAUCCACGUGCUCCGGCCUCGCAGCCGGCAGCCGGUUCCAAAUCCCGAGAUUUCGAUUCGCAACCGGCCUCGAUUCGAUCCGAAACUCGAACCGGUCGAAGCGGUGAUAUAACGGUGUGAUAUGAAACGCGAGCAACGUCGAAAACACGGCGUAAAUUUAAUCGAACGAGGAUAAAUUCGUACGUAGAUUCCCUCACGCGUGUGUACCAUCGACGUGUGUAACGGUAUCCAUAUGUAUAACGUAUCGAAAACAUCGUGGAAGAGAGAAGGAGGAAAAAGGACUAAUGGUUGAUGGUGAAGAAUUUGGAGAAAAAAGAUCGGAUUCGAGGAGUUAAUUAAUGUGUCUCGUAUCUCGGAGAGGGAUAUUACUGUGAUUUUUAUCCUUAUCCAAAUUCGAGAAAGUUGUUCUUUUCUUUAAUUAAAAGUCGGGAUUGGAAUCGAACGCGCUCUCCUACUAUUUACGUGCUAUAUACGUAGAGUCGUGGGUUUGAUCGAUCGAUCGUAUUAUCGAUUCGAUUUACGAUCGUAACAACCGAGUAUAAAAUAUCCGAGUAUAAAAUCUCGUGGACGAGAAGAAAGAGAAAGAUCGUCUGGUCGAUAUAGGAAGGGAGGAGGAGAAGAAGAAGAAGAAGAAGAAGAAGAAAGGAGAAGAAGCGCAAGGUGGCUGGGGGCGAGGAGGUGAUCACCACGGCAGAAGCCGCGGGACGAUGAGCGACGGCAUAGUCGGUGCAAUUGCGAUCAGUUUGUUUGGCAGCGAGAAGAAACGUCGAGACAGCAUGGAUGCUGGUUACACGAUACUCGGCAACGAUAUCGAUGUUUGCAGAAUGUUCGACCAAUUUUCUUACAAGAGAAACGAGAGUUUGGAUUUUUCGUUGAACGUUCCGCAACAUCAUCAUUCGACGCAGUAUCAUCAGAACAGUUACGCCAUGGCCGAUCAAACGUUUCACACCCCUAGCUUUGGUGACGAGGAUUUCGAUAUACCGGCUAUCCAUUCCCAUUCUCACCAACAACAUCAGCAACAGCAACAACAGCCUCAACAGCAGCAACAGCAUCAAACGCAACAACAAACUCAGCCUCAACAUGACCCGAUGCACGGCUACCAAACACAGAUGAUGCAAACCGGUAACGUUCAACAAUCUUCGGACGGAUUGAAUUUAGAUCCUGGUGGAUAUCAACAAUCCCUUUACCUGCAGCAGGAUCACUCGAUGCAGCAACCGAUCAGCGUGAGCUCGACGUAUAAUACGUCGCAGGGUUCGUACGUGAGUAUGAGCUCACCACGACAACAACACGGAAACCAGCAAAUAAUGUUGCUUCAACAACAACAGCAGCAGCAGCAGCAGCAGCAACACCAGCAGCAACAAGUUCAGUUGCAGCAGCAUAUACAGUACAUGCACACUCAGCAGCAACAGCAGCAGCAGCAACAGCAGUUGCAGCAACAAAUGCAGUACAGAAGUCCAACGGGCGGCAGUCCCUCCGCGAUACAACCGAAUACCGUUCCCGAACCGAACAACAAUACAACUACUAGCGAAGAUAGCGACGACAGCACGCCUCAUUCCGGAAUGAUUACCGGGAUUAAGCGACCCUCGCCGGAGCCGACUGACGUUGGAGCAAAAAAUCAAAGAAAACCAAAAUCGCAGAAAAAGAAGAAAAAGAGGGAUCCCAACGAGCCGCAAAAACCUGUUUCGGCGUACGCUCUAUUUUUUAGAGAUACCCAAGCCGCGAUAAAAGGGCAAAACCCGAAUGCGAGCUUUGGUGAGGUUUCAAAGAUCGUAGCUUCGAUGUGGGAUGCGUUGGAUACGGAACACAAGAACGUGUACAAAAAGAAAACGGAGGCCGCCAAAAAAGAAUAUCUGCAGGCUCUCGCGGCGUAUAGGGCGUCUUUAGUUAGCAAGGGGGCAGCUGAAAAUGACAAUCAACAACAUCAACAACAAGCGCAACAACAGCCAACGCCGCAACAACAAGUUCAAUAUGCAGCAUAUGGUAAUUAUACCGGGAAUGGAACACCCGGAAGUGUCUCGUAUCAAGUUUACAGUCCACAACCGCAACCUUCUUCGCCUCAACAACAACAUCCGCAUUCUCAUCCACAUCAACAACUUCAACAUCAUCAACAAUCGACGCAACAAAUGCAAAUAAAAAAAUCUCCUCAUCAUUUAACGAUGCCAGGAAAUCCACAGCAGCAACAAACGCAACAGACUUUGAUGGCGACAUCGAUGGCACCAACGCAUAUUUCGCAACAGCAACAACAACAGCACAUGCAACAACAAUACAUGCAGAUACCACAGCAACAAGUGCAACAAGUACAACAGUCGCAACAAGUACAACACCAUCAACAGCAACAACAACAGCAACAAUCGCAACAACAAUUGAUGCACACGAAUCCGGCAAAGAGUGAUACGUUAUCGAGUUCUCCACCAACAGUGAACUCUGUGACUCAGGCUGCGAGCAUGGUUGGUCAAAGGCCAACGUCGAACGCUUGUAUACGCCAUGGAUGUCCGAAUACCGCUGUUGCGAAUAGCGAAUGGGAAGACGAGUAUUGCAGCAACGAGUGCGUGGUUAGUCAUUGCAGGGAUGUCUUUACCACGUGGGUAUCUUCGAAUCAAAAUCCGCAGCAAAAUUUUUCGACCGUUAAAUAAGGAUAGGUCGUGCUAGUUGAAAAAUAGCAAUCGUUUGAAAUCUUUCCUACCAUUUCUUACAAUCGUGGAACACGAGUAUACAUUUUAUCUAUAUAUAUAUUUGAAACGUGAUCUGAUUCGCUAUCUUUUGUACAUAUGUCGACCACACGAGGUUUUUUCGCUUUAAAUCAAAAAAAUGAACGACUGAGAGAGCGCGAGUCGCUACAUCGAUCUAUAGGUUUCAUUUGAAAGACUGCCUCCACGCGGCAUGCGAUGCUCGUCGACUCGGAUAUGUAUUGCCGUUUCACAUUUACACCGAUUACUUUUUUCAUGGACGAGCAACAUAGCUGCGUAAUCGCGAAAGAGUAUUAGAAUCGCCAAAGUAGCCGAUAAAAUCGGGCUGUAGUUCGAAGGAAUUCACUUCGAUGUGUCGUCGUGCGCGCGUUUGCCCAUUGUCGUUUGCAAAAUCGUUCAAUGCGCAUACGCUAUCGAAUUAACGAGAGAUUUAAAUAAUGAAGCGCGGACCGAGUUGUUGUAUUCCUUCAUUCAAAUCUAGUUAGGAAUCGUUUAACGAUAGAUAACAGUAAAUUCGUAGAAAUAUAUUCAAAAACUUUAGGAUACGUCUAUAUAAAAUUUAUGGAUACCCCGUCGUAUCAGAAUCAAUGAGAAUAAAUACGAAUUUGGAAAGAAGUUUCCUCGAUUAAUAAAAAGAAAUAAAAAAAAAAAAAAAAAUAUCGAUUGCCAAUUAAACGUAUAGUAACUUGUCUAUAAUCGAUGGGAAUUAAUGAUGAACGAAAAUCGAAAAUUCCGUCGACUCCUGUAAGAAAGAAAGAUUGCUGAUGGCGUUAAAGAUGAUGGUGGAAGAUGAAAGAAGAAAAAGGAAAUACCGCGGUAGCCAUCAAAAAUCUGUAACACAACUUAUUUUUGUAUAAUUUUACAAAGGAAUAAAAAGUUCGUACAAAUACGAAAUAAAAAAAAAAAAAAAAACAGAAUGGUACGAACCGGAAGAAUUGUGGCCAACGUUUGCUAAAAACUAAUCUUUAUGGUCGAUUUAAUAAUUUUGUUCGAAUUCCUGUUCCAGUUUGCUCCUCUUGAAUCAAUUUUUGACAAAUGUACGACCGAUUUUACAAUCAAUGAAAAGGAAGCAAACGAAUUAACAUAAUUUAUUUCGAAACAAUAAUAGGCUGUAUUGACGCGAGUCUUUAACCGUUCAAGAUCGUCGAACGAGAACGAAAGAUUCUAAAAAAAGGAUAAACAAGGAAGAGCUUAAAAAUCUUUAAUAUUUUGUUAACUUGAUUGCGAAAAUAUAUCUCUUCCUAAAUUUUUCUCAUCUGUUCUCGACGGUGAUUUUGCUCGAUCUCUGACUCCAGAAGUACAUGGAAUUAGUGAGUGAAUGUUUAUAUUACGAAAGAUUGCGUAAUGCUUUCGUGACAGAUAGGACACAUGCGUGUACACGCAUAUGAAUGCGUGAUUUUGGUAAGUUUUUAAAUAAUUUUUUUCCCCCUUUCCUAAAAAAAAUCCUUGUAUAUAUAUAUAAAAAAAAAAAAAAGAAUAUUCCAUAGAUUUGUAAGCUAUGAUGUAAACAUAAUCGAUAGUGUAACAUAUUGAUGAUACAUACACACACGCACAGACACAUGCGCACGCACACAGCAUACAUACACACACAGGACACAUAGAUAUAUAUAUAUAUAUAACGCAUACAUAUGUUUGAGCGAUAUUGUGAUAUGUAUAUUCAUAUAUGUAUAUAUAUAUAUAUAUAUAUAUACAUGUAUGAUGUAUAUAUAUCAUAGAAGCGUAUAAACAAUAUAUAAUAUAAAUGUAAAGAUUUAAUCGGUAACGUCGUGCAUAUAUGUAUACAUAAACAUACGUGCAUAUGCCUGUAUACGUAUACCUGAUUCACGCCUGUAUGUACGUAUGUAUAAAUGUACAUGCACAUGUAACCAACAAAAUGAUAACUGUAGAGUUAUCGUGAUUGUAUGUGAAACUACAUCAUUGCAUAUAGAUGACUAUGAAUUGAUCCAAAAUUGUUUCAAAGAUGAUACAUUUUUGCGAAUCGAUUCUUACUAGAGGACUGAAUGAGGUUAGAAUUUUUUCAGGGUUAGUCAUAAUCGCAUAAAUCUGUAUACCGAAGAACAAAAACACAAAAAACAAAAGAAAAGAUGAAAAGAGAAAAAAGAAAAUAAAUUUAGAAGAUAUCAACUAA